GUUACUCCAAAUCAGUCCAGAAGAGUGAAGAGAGAGAGUGAAGUUGUCCCAGAACACCCUGGACGCAUGCGCGAAGUCUUCACACGUCGUGUCGUACCACAGCGUCCUGAGUGGGAGCAUUAACGCCGCCACACCGUAUCGAACACCUGGCCGCCGCUGAUAAGGCCGCUCUGCCGAGUUUCCACAGGAGCCGUAAGCAAAAAACAGCCGUCGGCAUUGCCCCACGGCCAAUACAGGCAGAUAACGGGACCAGGCAGUUCCCCAGGUCCAGCUGCCUCCGAUUGGAAGCUCCAAUCGAUCGUACAUGUCGGUGAACCUUUGCCUUUGCUGAACGUUUAAAACUCGUGUUUCUAUGCGGUGUUAUGCUGCCUUGAAGAUGCGUGCCGCCAACAACGAGCCUCCCUAAGGUGAAUUUGUUUUAUACUCUACUUUCUAUUCUGCUCGUGUCAACUAUUAGCUGAAGUGCCACGAGGAUCGCGUGAACUCUUCGGCGAUCUCGAUCUUCGGUCUGACGAUGCAAAAGGGUAACCAUUUAAAACUCGUUGUUAUAACAGAUAUGCUAGAAUUCGUGACAAGCCCUUUUACGGGCCUGCUUUUGAUCUUCGUAACAUCACUCGUCUCCUUUCCUGUGGCGAUCAAGGCUAGCGUCCCUUUCCCAACAGUGAAGGAACUGUUCAGAGCGCCAAUAGAAGCAACAAGAAAUGAGAUUGGAGUGUUAAACCAGAAUGAUGAACCAGGCAACUGGAAAUUUCCGCCGAGAUGUGUAGCAACUGACUCCUGCAGAGGACGAUGUAAUGAGAGCCGGAAGAGUGACGACUUUACGUGCCACUGCGACCAGCUGUGCUUAAGGUACGGGGAUUGCUGCGUUGACAUCCAUCAGUACUGUGUUCUGAACAGAACUGGCGAAAAAAACCUAACGAGGCAUCCGUGCCUGUACGAUCACGAAUCGUUACCGCACCAGUCAUUUCGCUAUGUGUCCGACUGCCGGGACCAACUUGACUCGAUUGGCGAUGAGAGGGAUCAUUUGGGCAAAGUGUUGGGCAAAGACGGCAUCGUGUACUCCAACAUGAGCUGCGCCAGAUGCAACGGUGCCGUAGAUGCCGUGCCUUUAGCUCUGUUGGAAAACUUAGCGGACGAUGGCGGUGAACAGGCGACGCCGUUUGUCAGAGCGUGCGUCGUGGCUGUAGACACUUGCAAGAUGGGCAGUAUGGCCUUCAGGGCCCGGGACUUGAACACCCUGUGCGCCCUUUAUCAGGGUCCGGUGAGAUCCAUCCGCAGGCCCAAUCGAAAACGAAAGUUGUACAAGAAUGCCUACUGCGCCAUUUGUAACGGUGACAUUCCUGAUUUACACUGUUCGGGAGACGUAACGGUGUACAGUGAACGAGACUAUUCGUACAGCUUGUUCGAAUCAAGUCACCAGAGAUAUAAAGAGAUGACGGACGACAUACCAUCCGCCUUUUCAAUCCUCCUCAAUUUCGGUCUAGACGGCGUGCAGCGAUUUGAAUUCUCUUCCGAGAAUAAGGAAGCAAUGCUCCGAAACCAGCAACGCUGCCCCGAAAAUUUCCUCUGGGAUCCGUUCGCUGAACUAUGCCGUCAGAUCUACUGUGGUACUGAGUUUAUGUUAGUAAAUUCGCGCUGCAUUGAAAAGCCCAAAGAAAACAUUGAAAAUUUCACAAAGGGGUCCGACGAAGUUUCUGCUGAAAAAUUGGCGGACUACAACCGCAUAACAGUUGUGAUGAAUGUUAGCCUUGAAAGCGAUAGUGAGCUUCGAGAAGAAGAUGUGAAACAGUCCAUUACACACGCGCUCGAAGCGUACAACGUAUCUAAAGAGCGAAUAAAAAACGUGGAGGUUUCCAUAACAUCUGACGCAAGUCAGAUACCCAAGCUUCUAGAGGGUUCGGAGAAGGUGGUUCUUCUGAACGAAGGUGACUAUCCAGACGAUGAAAGCAAUGACUCAGGCGAGUCAAACAGCACGUACAUUCCGGCAUAUCUCAUCGCCCACUUCGACCUGUACGAGCCAAAGAGGAACGUAGUGGAGCCUUCCAUCAGCAGUGUAAUUGAGGCGUUUGCCAGCAGCUUCAACCUGAGUUCGCUGAUGCUCAAAGAACUCAACUUGACGGGAGAAGUGAGCACAGUCGAGUCCCGACCUACAUUCAUCGACAACUGGUGCAGUGACGAGGACGGGGGAAAGAUACGCGAGUACUGGAACGAUGAAUUCGCACUCGUGACGAAACCCGGCAACGAGCUCUCCAUCAGUCAGGUGUACGUGAACAGAACUGGCAGGACUUACCAGCCUGGAGAUUUCGCCGCCAAUGUGCUCUUCCGCGUCACAAGCAGCCAGACGGCGGCGGUGACCAUCAACAGCGUCGUCGUCGUGUGCGACCGGGGAACAGGACUCCCUGAGUCUUGCCCCCGGCUUGACUUCAAUUUGAGUCAGGUGAAAGUCUCCAGAGACGACAGCGUGGUCCUCUCAAGCGGAACUCUCUCCAUCCGCUGCCAACACUACAAGUUUCUCCCGCACGGCAAGGUAAGGCUCUGCUUGGACGAGAUCCUCGACGCACUCGGCAGCCGCUGCCAGCUUUUCGACGGUCCCCUGAUGGCCCUCAUCAGCCUUGUGCUUAGCGUCAUCUCCAUGGUGGCCCUCGCCCUCGUGCUUCUCACAUACGGCCUGUUUUCUCAACUCCGGAACCUGCCCGGCUGGAACGUCAUGCUGCUCACGUGCACCCUGUUCCUGAUGCACCUUAGUUUCCUGCUCAGCCAGCGGCAGUCGGUCCAGGGGGCCGCGUGCCGAGCGGCGGCCAUCGUGUGCCACUACUGCGUGGUGAACUCCUUCUUCUGGAUGAACGUGCUGGCCUUCGACCUGUACCGCACCUUUACCAAGGGAGGCGCACUGGGCGCCCGCAAGGUGUCCCGCUUCCUGCCGGGCUACCUGGCGUACGCCUUUGGAGUGCCGUUUCUCAUUGUGGGCACCUGCGUGGGACUGGACUACUUCGACACACCCUUGUCCCCUUACUACGGGCUCUUCGGAGUCUGCUGGAUCGUCAACAGGCUGUCGGCGCUCACCUUCUUCGCAGUACCCGUGGCAGUCCUCCUGCUGCUCAACUUUGUCUUCUACGGAAUGACCGUCUACGCCGUGCACUCGUCCGCCAGGGACAAGUGGGGCCCCGGCCUGCGCUGCCACAACGAGCGCAACCCGGCGGCGGCGACCACGUACCUGCGCAUGGCCACCGGAAUGGGACUCACCUGGGUGUUCGGCUUCGUUGCGGUCUUCCUGCGCAGCUCGGACGCGGCGCGGGUCGCCUUCACCUACCUGUUCAUCGUGUGCAACACUCUGCAGGGGCUCUUUAUCUUCUACGCCUUUGUGUGCAAUCGCAAGGUAUUCCACCUGUACGGGGCACUGCUGCGCCGCCGACGCGCCAGGGCCAAGCUGAGCAGCUCGAGCUCCGUCACAUCGGUCAGCACGGUGUCCAGCAGCGGGUCUUCUAGGUCGGCAGCCUCGCGUCGCGUGCUCGCCAGCUAGGCCGAAUGUUGCUGUGGACCACCCGGCCAACCGGAGGCUCGGACCAGUCAGCUGGCGACAGCAGGCUCCGUCUCGAGAGGUCAGAUCUGAAGAAAGCCUGCUCCUGGCGUUCGACACCAAGAACCACCAGAACGGCGAUACUCUGUGUGUUGUCAACAGCCAGAAAUACCGAACACUGCUGAGGACACCGGCUAGAGGGCAUUCAUUAAAAUAGUGCGUAAAAAAUGCUGUCAGUCACUUUUGAAAGGAAUCCAGUGAUCCCCUCCUGUCCAUGUCAUCGACUCUAUGACAAGAGAGUAUAAAAGGGUGAUUGAAUUGCAGAUGGGUUAGCCUGAGCGCAUGAGCAGGCUACACUAAGGGAAAGGAGAUGGGAAGGAAAAGAUUGGCCAUAUUAUAUCAUAUGACGAGUGGAAUAAAGUGGUAAGCCGA